AUGCAGGCCUGUCAACCAACCACCCUCGCGCUACGCGCAGCUCGAACCUCUCUCCCGAAACGUAUUCAACGACGAAACCUCCAAGACGUCGCAAUCACCCGAACAGGCAAGCCAAUUCUAAGAGUACAAGGCGGACGGUCGUCGUUAGGAGGCCAUACGGCCACGGUUUUCGGAGCAAAUGGAUUCCUUGGCAGAUAUAUCGUCAACAGACUAGCAAGAAGAGGAAACCAAGUGGUCAUACCGUACCGCGACGAUAUGGGCAAGCGCCAUCUCAAGGUCACAGGCGACCUAGGUCGAGUCAGCUUUAUUGAGUUCGACCUGAGGAACACGCAGUCCAUCGAGGAAGCCGUGAGACAUUCAGACAUGGUCUUCAACCUGAUUGGCAAGAACUAUCCCACCAAAAACUUUAGCCUGUUCGAUGUCAACGUCGAGGGCGUGGAGAGAAUCGCAGAGGCGUGUGCGAAGUACGACGUCGAUCGGUUCAUCCAUCUCUCCUCGUUCAAUGCGGAUCCCGACUCGCCCUCUGAGUUCUUCAGAACAAAGGCCCAAGGUGAACAAGUAGCGCGCCAGCUAUUCCCCGAAACCACUAUUGUCCGUCCGGCGCCAUGCUUCGGCUUCGAAGACAACCUGCUUCACCGCCUAGCUGGUGUGAACAACUUCCUGACUGUGAACAACAUGCAAGAGCGCUUCUGGCCUGUACAUGCCAUUGACGUUGGCGAGGCUCUCGAGCGAAUCGCCUACGACGAUACCACCGCCGGUGAGACAUUCGAACUGUACGGACCCACGAACUACAGCAUGGCCGAGAUCGCCGAGAUCGUGGAUCGAGAAAUCAUCAAGCAGCGCCGGCACAUCAACCUGCCGAAAUGGUUGCUCAAGCCCGUGCUGCACUACCUGAACAAGGUGAUCUGGUGGCCCAUCCUAGGUGCCGACCAGAUGGAGCAAGAGUGUUUGGACCAAGUCAUUGAUCGUAGCGCCAAGACGUUCAAAGAUCUGAACAUGGAACCGGCCGAGCUCAGAGACCUGACGUAUCAAUACUUGCAAGAUUACCGGAGCAGUAGCUACUACGACCUGCCGCCGGCGACGGCGCGUGAGAAGCAGCAGGCGAAGAAGUAUCUGCACGUCAUUGACGACCAGUAG